UCCAGGGCCAAUCAUCAGACAAGAAAGGGGACAGGGUUGCCUUUAGAUGCAGAAAUGUGCUGCUUUCCCAACUUUCAGAAACCCACUUCACAAGAGGACCUCCCCAAUUUGCAUCACAGAAGCUGAGUGUAUUGGAGGAUCAGUGAUGGACUCCGUUCUUGCAAAGCUGGCGGAACUUACGGGGGCCAAGGGCAGCAAUCUGAUGGACUUACUGAGCGACAUCGCCUUUCUCAGAGAUGAGCUUUGUGCCGUGAACGCUCUUCUCAAGAAGCUUGAGGACGGCGAUGAGCUUGACCCGCAGGUCAAGGAUUGGAGCAACCAAGUCAGGGAGUUGGGCUAUGACAUCGAGGCUUGCAUAGAUGAGUUCGUGCACCGUGUUGGCCGCGCGGAUGCCAGAGCCGGGUUUGUCGGGAGGAUUUCUCACUUCAUCAGCACUUUGAGAGCCCAUCUUGAGGCUGCAAGGCAGAUCAAGGAGCUCAAGACUCGCCUGCAGGAGAUAAGCGAGCGCCGCAAGAGGUACAAGCUUGAACACCACAUCCCUGGUUCUAGCUUCACAGCCUCUGACCCUCGAUUGCCGGCGCUCUACAAGGAAACAGACAAUCUUGUGGGUCUCGAUGGCCCAAGGGAUGAACUUCUCAAAUGGGUAUUGGAUGAAAAGAAACAACUGAAAGGGUUGAGUAUAGUUGGAUUUGGAGGCAUAGGGAAGACAACGCUUGCUAAUGAGGUUUAUCGAGGGGUUAAGGGACAAUUUGACUGUCAUGCGUUUGUCUCAGUUUCCCAAAGACCUGAUAUAACAAGGCUUCUCAACAGUAUAAGAUCAAAACUUGGUCACCAAGAGUCUUCUUACCCUUGCGACGUGAAAGACCUCAUCGACGAUAUUAGAGAAUAUCUACAACACAAGAGGUACUUGAUAGUAGUUGAUGAUUUGUGGGAUACAAUAUCAUGGGAUACUAUCAAAUGCGCUUUACCAGAAACUAAUCUCGGAAGCAGAUUUAUUGUAACCACACGGAUUGAUAGUGUUGCUAGGGCCUGCUGUACUCAUCAGGAAUCCUUGUACAGAUUGAAACCCCUCAAUGACCAGGACUCAAGAAGAUUAAUGUUUAGCAGAACAUUCGGUCCCAAUCGUGAUUAUCCUUCACAAAUCAAGGAGGUUUCAGCUGAAAUCUUGAAGAAAUGUAGUGGUCUGCCUCUUGCAAUAAUUACUGUUGCAAGCCUACUAGCCAGUCGGCCAACAAGUAAAAAGGAGGAUUGGGAGAAGAUACGAAAUUCAUUAGGCUCCGUGUUUGGUACACACCCCACGCUGGCAGGGAUGAGACAAAUUUUAAGGCUCAGUUACAGGAAUCUUCCUCAUCACCUCAGGACAUGUUUCCUGUAUCUAGGUAUAUAUCCAGAGGAUCACAUAAUUCAAAGGGUCGAUUUGGUUCGACAAUGGAUCGCAGGUGGUCUUGUCACCAAUUCUGGAAGGCAAGAUGCACAUGAUUUGGCGAAGAGCUACUUUAACGAGCUUGUAAACAGAAGCGUGAUUCAACCUGAAGAGACUGACUAUAAUGGAGAGGCAUUGUCUUGUCGGGUGCAUGAUAUGAUGCUCGAUUUGAUCCUUAGCAAGUGCGCAGAAGACAAUUUUAUCACUGUGGUGUACAAUUCUCUGGGCAUGAGAGAACUACAUAACAGCAAGGUUCGUCGACUCUCGAUCAACCUGAAUGGCGCUGAAGGUUUCACAAUUUCAGCUGUACAGCCCAUUGGCAGACAAUCACAAAUUCGAUCCCUUGCCUUGUUUGGUGACCCAACUUGUAUGCCAGCCUGUGCGCAUCUUUUGCCAGAGUCGAAAUUUCUCCAAGUUCUUGUCCUUGAUCUUCGGGAAUUUGAUGCCAAGACUGGGCAUGACAAGGAAGGCAUCAACCUGACAGGCAUAAGUCAGCUGGUUCUAUUGAGAUAUUUGAAGGUAGAGGCCAGGACUAGAUGUGUGAAGCUGCCGAGAGAGAUCCGAGGGCUGCGCCACCUACAGACACUGGAAAUGCAUUGUGGAAUUUUUGGUGGUUUGCCAUCAGAUACUUUUCACCUACCAGGCUUGCUGCAUCUCAUUGUAACAUCAGCCAAUAGGUUUCCUGACGGGAUUGAUAUCGCGAAAUCCCUGUGCACUCUGGAAUACUUUGGCUUGCUGGAGAACUCGUUGGAGAACAUUCAUGGCCUGGGUGAACUCACCAACCUGAAGGAUUUGAAAAUACGUUGUUUUCCAGAAUCCCAGCCGGACAUGAUUAGUAUGAGGUCAUUGAUGGAUGCAUUGUGCUCGUCACUUGGUAAGCUUGGUAGCAAGAACCUGAGAUGUCUCUCUGUGACGAGAUAUCCUGAAAUCUGUGCUGACACACUGCACUCACUGUUCCCUCCUCCCUGCCAUCUGGAGACACUGGAUCUGUUAGCGUGGUCAUUUUCCAGUGUUCCUAGGUGGCUUGCUGAGCUCCAUGACCUCCGCUCCUUGGAUCUCUGUCUUAAGGAGGUAAUGGCGAAAGAUAUUGGUAUUCUUGGGGGGUUGCCCUCACUCAUGCACCUCCAUUUUCAGAUCCAACAAAUCCCAAAAGAAAAGAUCAUCAUACAUGGUGGCGCUGGCGCAAGAUUUUUGUUCCCAUCCCUUGUUAAUUUUCAGUUCAAGUGUGAACGGAAAAUGUCCCUGCAGCUCCUGAUGUUUGAGGCAGGAGCCAUGCCCAAUCUGCAACGCCUUGAGUUAGAAACCAGCGUGGCAUUGCUUAAAAAAUGGGAUGGUUGCACAUCUGCCAGAAUGGAGCACCUUUUAAGCCUCAAAGAGAUAUGUGUAACCAUGUGGCACGGCCAAUGCACAGAAUCUGAAAUAAUAGCUGCAGAGUGUGCACUCAGAAACUUCGCUCAAGUACACCCAAGCCGUCCUUCCAUCACAAUAAUCUAAAGAAUGGCGACUGCACACCCAUUAUGGCAUAUCCUUAAAUGGCAAUGGUAUUGCGAUAAGAGACAGAUGGAAUGAUGGAUCUUAACAGUCAGUGUAGCAAUGAAAAACCCGCCAUAUGUUAUACUUGGUAUCAUCGUUGCUCUUUGCUGAGCCCCUGUAAUUUAGUUUGAAAUAUAUAAGUCUUCAGAGACUGUUAGCAUGAGCAAAUAUUUGGGACACCAUUUGCAUAGCAUGAGCAAAUAUUUGGGACACCAUUUGCACCA